CUGCAAAUCCCUGCUUACUACGGCAAAUCGUCUCCAUUAGCGACCUCCCUCUCCACCCCACGCUCAGAAUCAUCCGAUAACGCCAACAUAACAAGCACGACGUACUACACCCAAAUCGCGAUCAAAAACUCGCUCCCAGUACCCCUAAAGCACAUCCGAUUUGCGCACAUCAGCAAGCAGGAGCUGAACGUCCAGGCCUGGGAUAACGUGCCGAGCGGGCAGACCCUCCCAGCAGUCUGGAUCAAAUAUGCGACGGGCAUUUUCACUGGUAGCGACACGUGGAACCUGGACAUCACCUUCGAAGACGGCGAGACUUUCUACAUCGACCGGGACAGCACCUGCAACCUGCAGGAGUCCGACAGUGGGCAGGUGUACACGUGGACCAUCGAGGGAUCCACCUUCCACAUGCCGAUGAACAGUGACGGCAUGAACACGCAGAUCAGCAACAACGACGACGAGGACGAGUUCAAUACCUACGCAUUCACACGGAUUAAAAACGAAUUCGACCAGACGUUCGAAUGGUCUCAACUCGCGCAUACGCACGAAGGGACGGGCGAGAGGCGGAGCGCGUGGACGAUGUCAAUCCCUCCCCAGGGUUUCUCGCCGGUGGUGCCGGUGUACUUCACCACGGGGUUCGGAAACACGGAUACGGAUUUCUGGGCGGUGCGAGCAAGGUACACGGCCGAUGGCGGGGCGCACUACCUCCUGCGACAGGCGGAUGAGAAGUACAAGUGCAUGCUGAAGUCCGGGGAUGCGGGGCAGUUGUUCCACGUGGGCAUUCGGGGGCAGCAUGAGCGGAGUGGGGAUUUCAUUCUGGAUAUUCCGAGCGGGUCGUGUACGGUUGGACUGGUCCAGUCGAAGGAGGGGACUGAUGGGCUUGUGAGUGUUGAGCUGUAG